GCCUUAUCCUAUCCAAAAUCUUACUCAUACCAUAGCCACCAAAUAAUUGUAACCUUCACAUUCUCAACCAACACAAAACCUAUUGAAAACAAGUUUGUUUGUGUAGAACACCAAACAGUUAACAUAGGAGCAAUGGCAGCCUCACUCCAAGCAGCUGCUACUCUCAUGCAACCAACCAAGUUACGUAGCAACAGUUUGCAGCUUAAGUCUACUCAAUCUGUUUCUAAGGCUUUUGGUUUGGAACACUAUGGAGCUAAGGUUACUUGUUCACUUCAGUCUGAUUUCAAGGAGUUGACUCACAAGUUUGUUGAAGCUUCUAAGAUUGCUGGAUUUGCUCUUGCUACCUCUGCUCUCGUUGUCUCUGGAGCAAGUGCAGAAGGUGCACCAAAGAGGCUGACAUUCGACGAAAUUCAAAGCAAAACAUAUUUGGAAGUCAAAGGAACCGGAACAGCAAACCAAUGUCCAACCAUUGAUGGAGGAGUAGACUCAUUCUCCUUCAAACCAGGAAAAUACAACGCCAAGAAAUUCUGCCUCGAACCAACUUCAUUCACAGUUAAAGCAGAAGGUGUAACCAAGAACACCCCACUUGCAUUCCAAAACACCAAACUCAUGACACGUUUAACCUACACCCUCGACGAGAUUGAAGGACCCUUUGAGGUUUCAUCAGACGGCUCUGUCAAAUUUGAGGAGAAAGAUGGCAUUGACUACGCCGCAGUCACAGUUCAGCUUCCCGGUGGUGAGCGUGUGCCAUUCCUUUUCACCAUCAAACAAUUGGUAGCAUCAGGGAAGCCAGAGAGCUUCAGUGGUGAGUAUUUGGUACCAUCAUACAGAGGAAGCUCUUUCUUGGACCCAAAGGGAAGAGGUGCAUCUACCGGUUAUGACAAUGCAGUUGCAUUGCCAGCUGGAGGAAGAGGAGAUGAAGAAGAACUUGGAAAGGAAAACAACAAGAGUGCUGCAUCAUCUAAGGGGAAAAUCACAUUGAGUGUUACUCAAACUAAGCCUGAGACUGGUGAAGUUAUUGGUGUGUUUGAGAGUAUUCAGCCGUCUGACACUGAUUUGGGUGCUAAAGCACCAAAGGAUGUUAAAAUCCAAGGUGUUUGGUAUGCUCAGCUUGAGUCAUAGAUAGCUAUAGCUAGCUUCUUUCUCAUGCUUUAUUCUGUUGUAAACUUCAAGAGUGUUGAUGCUUUAUCCUUUGACUCAACAACUUUCAAGAGCUGAGAACUAUCAUGUUUGUAUAUUAUAUCGACGUUCAAUUACAAUGUGCUUUUAAUGUCGAGGUUAAUUAAAAUUCCAUGGUAUUGCCGAGGUUUUAAA